AAACGUAUGCUUGUGUUGGUGGGGGCACUGUUUCCCAAAACAAAAUAAAGCGACCACACAACCAGUAUUUCAAUUCGAUACUCAAUCAACGAUGGAAAAGGAAAAAACGGAAGAAUCGGAUAGCAAACCUACACCUUGCGGUGCCACUGAAUCGGCACAGGAACAACCAUCACCGGCAGCAGCGAAAAAUGACGAAAAAACACCUGAUCCGACCGUCCCGGCUCCUUCUGGCAGCGGAACAAAGAGUAAACAGACGGCGGCACCGAAGGCCGCUAAGAAAAAGAAGCCAAAACCACCGAAGGAUGCAAAUGCACCGAAACAUCCGCUUACUGGCUAUGUUCGAUACAUGAAUGAGAACCGAGAGCGAGUGCGGGCCAGCCAUCCCAAUCUAACGCCAAUAGAGAUUACGAAAAUAAUGGCCGAAGAGUGGUCCAAGCUGCCGGAAGAUCGAAAGAAACCGUACCUAGAAGCGGCGGAGGUGGACAAGGAACGGUACAACAAGGAGAUAUCGGAAUACAAACUAAACAAUGAGGCGAAAGCGAAAGCAGCACUACAAAACGAAGCCCAGAUGGCACAGAAGAAAGAAUUGUCUGAGCCAAAGGUGGCCGUAUCGUCCAUUCCAUACGUGAACGGAAAGGUGGAGCCGAAAGUGUUGCGCCAGGGCGACUAUGACAUACCCAUUUUUACGGAAGAUUUCCUUGACCACAACAAGGUCGUGGAUUCGGAGCUGCGUACGUUGCGCAAGUCAAACAUCGACUACGAGCAGCAGAAUUCGGUGCUCGAAAAGCACGUUGAAAACAUGGAGAACGGUAUCCAAAAGCUGGAUAGCGAAACGAGCAGUCUGGAAUCGCGGAAUGCGGUGCUGGAGAGCUAUCUGCUGAAGCUGCGCACCACGCUAGCUAAUGCGCUGCAGGGAUUGCCCCUGUCUAGCGAUUGUGCUGGAGCGACGGUGGACAACAUCGAUCAGUAUUUGGAGAAUUUGCAUCAAAUGGCGGACUCGAGCACACAGGGCCAUACGUUGAACAAAGCGAAAGACAUUAUUCGUAAGCUAGAUUUACAAAACCUUACUCUUUAAGGACCAACAACGGAGGGGUUAUUGGAGGAUGCCGAGCAGAGCUAA